CGGGGCAAACAGUCAAAAUCCUAGUGUCCGUCCUGUUCGAUAGCGAAUCGAUCAUCACAAUGAAGCCAUUGAUCGCGAUAUUGGCGUUGUUUCCCGUUGCGUUUGUCAUGGCUGAGGACGCCAGGAGCGCGGAGAUCAGGCUAACCGAAACGAUGAACGAACUGAAUAAAAGGGACACAAUCAAGAUCUAUGGUGAUAUGAUCACUUUGGAGAAGGUCCAAUUUGCGGAGGAUGAAGAGACUGCUGGAAGAGCUAGCCAGGAUCCUUUAGUGAGCAAGAUCGAAGAGUUCUUGAGGAGCAGGAGAAUUCACGUGCGUCUGCCUAGCGAUGGAUCUUCCGCAGACAUGUUCGGAAGAGCUUUGGGUCAGAAAGAUGUGGCGAUUGAGCUUAGAAGCUUAACAACGGGAGCUUCCGAAGCUCGAACCAGGUUGAAGAAGAUCGCGUUGCCGAUUCUACUGGCCCUGAAACUCAAAGCCCUGAUCGUCCUGCCCAUCGUCAUCACUCUGAUAGGUCUGGUGGGCAUCAAGGGACUCGGUGCGGGUCUACUGUCCCUGCUUCUCUCCGGAGCGGUCGCCCUGAAGGCUCUGCUAACACCACCACCCCCUCCUGCCAGGGUCACUUACGGAAUUGUGAAACCUGAAAUUCACCACGAUCACUGGCACAGGUCGCAGGAAGAGGUGAAUCAACCGUACAGAGGCUGGGCUCCAGAAUUCGGACCCGAACAGUAUCCCUACCAAGACAUCCCUUAAAAAUUCCAUCUUCCAAUUAAGAUUCAUCCUCUCAUCCCUUCAUUUUAUUUAUUGCCUCUUCUCUGUUACUCGCGUUUCUAUCAAAUAAAGACAUCACGUUCUCUCUUUUCUACAA